CGCAAGAUCGCAGAGGUGGCGCGCAGCCCGGCGAGCCGAUGACGGACCCCUUCCUCCUGCCUUCAAUGCCUCAGCGGAAGAUCCCCAAGGGCUGGAGCGAGGAGCGCUGCCGCUGGACAUCCUCCCGGGGAGGCUGCUCCGACCUGCUGCGCGGCGCGUCUGAGACUGGGGACUGAGCCAUCCCUGCCGCCGCCGCCGCCCGCUCCGUCGCUGCCGUCGGUCUGGACUGGCCCCCACCUCGCUGCGCCCGCUCCCCGGCCCCGGCUCGGGGGCGUCCCGGGGCUCGCCCCGCGCUCGCCGCCUGCCUCGCGCCGCGUCCUCCCGACCCUGCGGCGGCGACGAUGCCCGGGAGGAGGGUCCUGACGGCGGCGGCGCGGAUGGUGGCGGCCGGCGCCCGGGUGUGAUGCGAGCGUCACGGUGGGGAUGCUGCUGGCUGCGCGGCGCUGAGGACCAGCGAGAGCGAGAGCCCGCCCGGGGCGGAGGACGGACUCAUCCGGAUCUGGCUGCAGCGUGGGCUCGGAGCUCCCCCUUCCUUUUGGUGUCCCUCUCCGCCCCCCUUUAUUUCGUUCUUGCUUUGCGUCUUUAACACCUCUCGACCCUGUCCUCCCCCCGCCACUGGAAGUCUUCCCGUCUCUAAAUGGAAUUAGUGGAGCCCGGAGCCUCUGGUGUAACGCACAGACAUGAUCCAUGGGCGCAGCGUGCUUCACAUUGUAGCAAGUUUAGUCAUCCUCCAUUUGUCUGGGGCAACCAAGAAAGGAACAGAAAAGCAAAGCACCUCAGAAACACAGAAGUCAGUGCAGUGUGGAACUUGGACAAAACAUGCAGAGGGAGGUAUCUUUACCUCUCCCAACUAUCCCAGCAAGUAUCCCCCUGACCGGGAAUGCAUCUACAUCAUAGAAGCUGCUCCAAGACAGUGCAUUGAACUUUACUUUGAUGAAAAGUACUCUAUUGAACCGUCUUGGGAGUGCAAAUUUGAUCAUAUUGAAGUUCGUGAUGGACCUUUUGGCUUUUCUCCAAUAAUUGGACGUUUCUGUGGACAACAAAAUCCACCUGUAAUAAAAUCCAGUGGAAGAUUUCUAUGGAUUAAAUUUUUUGCUGAUGGAGAGCUGGAAUCUAUGGGAUUUUCAGCUCGAUACAAUUUCACACCUGAUCCUGACUUUAAGGACCUUGGAGCUUUGAAACCAUUACCAGCGUGUGAGUUUGAGAUGGGCGGUUCCGAAGGAAUUGUGGAGUCUGUACAAAUUAUGAAGGAAGGCAAAGCUACUGCUAGCGAGGCUGUUGAUUGCAAGUGGUACAUCCGAGCGCCUCCACGGUCCAAGAUUUACUUGCGCUUCUUGGACUAUGAGAUGCAGAAUUCAAAUGAAUGCAAGAGGAAUUUUGUGGCUGUGUAUGAUGGAAGCAGUUCCGUGGAGGAUUUGAAAGCUAAGUUCUGUAGCACUGUGGCUAAUGAUGUGAUGCUACGCACGGGUCUUGGGGUGAUCCGCAUGUGGGCAGAUGAGGGCAGCCGAAACAGUCGAUUUCAGAUGCUCUUCACAUCCUUUCAAGAACCUCCGUGUGAAGGCAAUACAUUCUUCUGCCAUAGUAACAUGUGUAUUAAUAACACUUUGGUCUGCAAUGGACUCCAGAACUGUGUGUAUCCUUGGGAUGAAAAUCACUGCAAAGAGAAGAGGAAAACCAGCCUGCUGGACCAGCUGACCAACACCAGUGGGACUGUCAUUGGCGUGACUUCCUGCAUCGUGAUCAUCCUCAUUAUCAUCUCUGUCAUCGUACAGAUCAAACAGCCUCGUAAAAAGUACGUCCAAAGGAAAUCAGACUUUGACCAGACAGUUUUCCAGGAGGUAUUUGAACCUCCUCAUUAUGAGUUAUGCACUCUCCGAGGGACAGGAGCUACAGCUGACUUUGCAGAUGUGGCAGAUGACUUUGAAAAUUACCAUAAACUGCGGAGGUCAUCUUCCAAAUGCAUUCAUGACCAUCACUGUGGAUCACAGCUGUCCAGCACUAAAGGCAGCCGCAGUAACCUCAGCACAAGAGAUGCUUCCAUCUUGACAGAGAUGCCCACGCAGCCAGGAAAACCCCUCAUCCCACCCAUGAACAGAAGAAAUAUCCUUGUCAUGAAACACAACUACUCGCAAGAUGCUGCAGAUGCCUGUGACAUAGACGAAAUCGAAGAGGUGCCGACCACCAGUCACAGGCUGUCCAGACACGAUAAAGCCGUCCAGCGGUUCUGCCUCAUUGGGUCUCUAAGCAAACAUGAAUCUGAAUACAACACAACUAGGGUCUAAAAAGAAAAUUCAAGAUGAGGAAACUGAAGAGAGUUUUAGUAACUUUUUAAGAUUACACAAUAGAUGAUGAAUCAAGCUUUGAAGUCAACUUCACCAACCACAAGAUCAACCAACACUCUUCACCAAUGUGUAAUAUAACCACGUUAAUAUUCACCAUAGUACGUACUGCUGAAGGAAGUUGAUACUUAUUCAUAUUAACCCCAUAGUUUUGUGUUUCCUCAUCUGUAAACGUAUGUAUUAUAACACCUUCUCUCCACCUUACAGCGUGUGAGGAUCAAAUGACCAUUCAUUGGAAGAUAUUUUUAUAUCCUAUAAUGCAUUAUAAAAAUAAAUCAUUUUUCCUAAAUCAUGUGUAAACUUCAUUUUAUGAUCGACAUGGAACGAAAGUAUCAUCUAUAAAGAGCAGCAAUGUAGAGUAACCUCCCUCUGAACUUGUGCACAGUAAAAUAUCUGACUUUCCCAACCCAA